UCCUCCUCCUCCUUUUAACGGCCGCGCGCCCGGCCUGGGUUGGGAGGGACGGAGGCGGCCCGGCAUGAUGGAGCUCUCGGCCGCCUGGCACACGCUCAGCACCGGCCUGGUGCCGCCCGCCGCCCUCGGCCUGGCAGCGCCCAGAUCCAGCUUGGCAGGGCCACUGAAGGACAGUGACCUGCAGGCCGCCGUGGACGUCCUGCGCCAGUAUGGCCUGCACUCUGUCCUGGAGGAGUGGUUCCUGGAAGUCCUGCAGACGGACCUCCAGGCCAAUGUGGCCCCGGAGUUCUGGAACUGCAUCGCACAGUAUGAAAAUACGGCGGAGGAGCCACAGUGCUCCCUGCUGCUCCUGGACGCUUUUUGCCUCCUGAAGUGCCGCCUGGACCCUUACCUGCGUAGCAUGGAGCUCCUGGAGAGGUGGACCAAAGCAGGCCUGCUGCUCGGGACGGGAUCCCAGGGGCUGCAGGAAAAGGUCUACACCCUCUUCCGAGCCAUCCUUUUCUUCUCCACCCCCAAGUCCUUCCAGGAGAUGAUCCAGCGGUUCUACAGCCGCAGCUUCAGGAUCUACAUGCGCCAGUGGAAGCGAGGCGAAGACCGGGCAGGGGAGGGCGAGAGCAGCAUGAGUGAAACUGAGCAAGGGAGCGAGGUGGAGGAGGGUGAGCCAGGCGGCGGCGGCGGCGGAGGAGGAGGAGGCCAGCGAUGUCUGGGCUGCAGCUGUCAGAAGGAUCAGUGCUGGUGCCUGACAGCCAUGGAACAGUUCCGGCAGCUCAGCGAGAUCCUCCACAGACUCAGCCUCCUGGAGCAGGUGAGCGCAGAUGCUGUUACCAACAUCUUGCACAGGAUGAUCGAGGAGAGGAUGGAGUGGAGAUGUCGGGGGGAAUAUGAGCGCUCCUUCCUGAAUGAGUUCCAAGAGUGGAUUGAGAAAGUGAUUGGCUGGCUCAGCAAGGUGUUCCUGCAGGAAGGAGGCAGUACUCAUCCCAGCCCUGAAGCCAGCAGCACCCUGAAGCGCUGGCGCUGCCACGUCCAGAGGUUCUUCUACCGCCUGUACGCCAGCAUGCGCAUUGAAGAGGUCUUCAGCAUCAUCCGAGAUUUCCCAGAGUCAAAGCCCGCGGUGGAUGAUCUGAAGUACUGUCUGGAAAGGACCAAUCAGCGGCAGCAGCUUCUGAGCUCCCUGAAAAGUGCCUUGGAAAUGCGGCUUCUCCAUCCCGGGGUGAACACUUCGGACAUCAUAACCCUCUACAUCUCAGCCAUCAAGGCCCUGCGGGAACUGGACCCUUCCAUGGUUAUUCUGGAGGUCGCCUGUGAGCCAAUCAGGAAGUAUCUGAGAACCAGGGAGGAUACAGUACGGCAGAUUGUGGCUGGUCUGACGGGUGAUGCCGAAGGGUCUGGUGACUUGGCAAACGAGCUCUCCAAAGCGGAUCCAGUGACGCUGGAGAACGGCCAGGAGAGCGACGACGAUGUCUCAGAACCAGAGGACUGGGUGCCAGAUCCAGUUGAUGCCGAUCCAGGAAAAUCCAGUUCCAAGCGCCGGUCCUCGGACAUCAUCAGCCUGCUCGUGAGCAUCUACGGCAGCAAAGACCUGUUCAUCAACGAGUACCGCACCCUCCUGGCCGAUCGACUGCUGCACCAGUUCAACUACAGUGCAGAGAGGGAGAUCCGGAACGUGGAGCUGCUGAAGCUCCGUUUUGGGGAAGCCCAGAUGCACUACUGUGAGGUCAUGUUAAAAGACAUGGCGGACUCGCGCCGCAUCAACGCCAACAUCCGCGAUGAGGAGCAGAAACUCCCCGAGGAAGAGAGGCCUCCCUUCAGCCUGGUGGCCGUUAUCCUAUCCAGCGAGUUCUGGCCACCGCUGAAGGAGGAGAAGCUGGAGCUCCCGGAGCAGAUCAAGGAGGCCAUGGAGGCCUACUCCAAGAAAUACGAGAAGCUGAAGGCCAUGCGGACGCUGAACUGGAAGCACCACCUGGGCCUGGUGAACCUGGACGUGGAGCUGGCAGACCGCAGCCUCUCCCUCUCCGUGUCGCCAGUGCACGCGGCCAUCAUCCUGCACUUCCAAAGCAAGAGCACCUGGACCCUGGAGGAGCUGAGCGAAGUGCUGAAGGUGCCGGUGACCUCCCUGCGGCGCAAGAUGACCCUGUGGCUGCAGCAGGGGGUGCUGCGGGAGGAGCCGCCCGGCACCUUCGCCGUCAUCGAGGAGGAGCAGAAGGACCGGGCCGAGAAGGUGGUGCUGAUCGACAGCGACGAGGAGGGCGACUCGGCCAUGGCCUCCCAGGCCGACCAGAAGGAGGAGGAGCUGCAGCUCUUCUGGACAUACAUCCAGGCGAUGCUGACCAACCUGGAGAGCCUGUCCCUGGAGCGCAUCCACAGCAUGCUCAAGAUCUUCGUGAUGACGGGGCCCAUGGUGACGGAGAUUGACAUGCAGGAGCUGCAGGGCUUCCUGCAGAAAAAGGUCCGGGACCAGCAGCUCAUUUACUCCGGCGGCGUCUACCGCCUGCCCAAGAGCUUCAACUGAGCUGUGUGCUGGAUUCCGGUGGCUUGGGGAUUGUGCUUGGCUGCAAAGUGGCUGCCCGCCCUGCAGGCGGCAGUGUGGUACUCUGACUUGCCUGGCCACGAUGGUUGGAGGCGCUCAUCCUCUGGGGACUGGCCUGCUGGGCCGCCCUGCCCUGUGCAGGUGGAGCUGUGGAGAAAGGCACCCCGUCGGCUGGGGCAUCCGUCCCGUGUGCAGAAGGUUUUGGGACUGUCUGACAAAGGGCUUGUUUGGCCCUCUUCCUUGCUGAUAAUAAAAAUGGCUGCCCGCUUGUCCGGUGGACUGCA